GAAGGGGGCGGGGCCUCACAGGUGGAACCCGUCUGUCGGCUCCAGGUGAGCUCGGUGCACCUGCCCCGCGGCCCCCGUCCUCCGUCACACAGCGCGGCGACUCUGGAGGGAAACGACUCGCUCUCCCGGAGCCCGAGGAGAUGACCUUCUGCGAGACACGAUAAAUUUUCAUCCGUCAAAAGCUGAGGUGUUAAAAAUGCUGAAGAUGAUGGAGCCGUUUGAUGACAAGGUCCGAGUCCUCACCAGGAACAACAUGAGCAAGAGCCUCGGAAACUUGGACCAGUGUGCCGCGGGCCCCGAGACGAUGCUGAAUGAUUCCUACAACAAACUCUACAAUGCCAAAAUCAGGAAGUUUAUGAAACGUGACACACUCGGUUCAAUGGAGAGCAUUGUGGACAAGAACGUUACCACCAAGCGAACCGAUCCAGGGUCCCCCAUGGUCCACCUAAAGAACAACAUGGGGUUACCUCGCCUCGGAGUUGACUUUGGACUUAUGAAACCCAGGACUCUGAUCACAGACAUUGAUGAUGAGUCACAAUCGGAUGACAAUGGAGAACCAACAUAUGAAGGCAAUCUGAACCUUCCCUUUUUGGGUAAUGGGAAUGCCCAAGGUGGGGCACAGGUACCAAGAUUGAAAGACAAGGCUAGAAAUCUGCAGUUCAACACUUCGGACUAUCAAUUGUCCGGAAGGUUAUCAGAAAGUCCAGAUGUUGAUGUAUUGCAACAUGACAUACAUGGACUGGAAACUGGCCUGCCGUCAAGUAAAGUUAAAAUGCCACAAAAGAUUCGAUCUCCAGUUUUAGAUGUGGAUGCUCCAUCUGGUAAAUUCUCCAUGACCAACUUUGGGUUCUCAGGCAGUAGUGAAACUGAUGUUAAAACACCUGACAUGAGUCUCAAAACACCAAAAAUAGAAGGUGGCAUUCAUACACCAAAUGUAAAUCUUCCAAAAGCUGACCUGAAAGAACCAAGUCUAGGCUUUGGCACUCCAUCGGUUGACACGAAAGUUCCAUCUGGAAAAUACAAAGCUCCUAAGUUUAAAAUGCCCCACUUUGAUUUACCAGAUAUUCAAGCUCCUGGGUUUAAUGGAGAUUUAAAUGGACCAGAUUUUGGACUGUCAGGACCAAAGCUUAAAGGGCUUGAUGGUGAGCUAAGAACUCCUGACUUUGAUCUCUCAGCCCCCAAAUUCAAAGGAGCUAUUGGCUCCCGAGAUAUGAAAGCUCCAAAGAUAAAGGGAGGAAUUGAUGCCCCUGACUUGGACUUACCAAAUAUGGACCUUAAAGCUCCCAAGUUUGAUGUUAACGCUCCAGAUGUGAACAUUGGUUCACCCAAUGCAAAAUUCAAAAUGCCCAAAUUCAAACUACCUAAAUUUGGUCUAUCAAGCCCGAAAGGUCCCAAGAUUGAUGGGAAUUUAGAUGUCCCAGAUGUUGAUUUAAAUGUACCCAAUGUCAACCUCAAAGGCCCUAGCGCUGAUCUGGGAAUGCCAGAUUUGGAUGUUUCUGGUCCAUCGGGUAAACUGAAGAAGCCAAAUUUUAAGAUGCCUGGUUUUGGGCUUUCUAGUCCAAAGUUUGAGGGUCCUAACAUGGGCCUCAAAACACCUGAUCUAGAUCUAUCUGGUCCCAAUUUCGGCGGGGGUUUCAAUGCUCCAGACAUAAACAUGCCUAAGGUUGAUCUUAAGAACCCCAAAAUGGACUUUAAUACCCCAAAUCUCAACUUAGACAUGCCAUCUGGUAAAAUGAAAAUGCCAGAGCUCCAUUCUCCAGACUGGGAUGUUAAAGCUCCCUCAGGCAAAAUGAAAAUACCUAAAUUCAAUCUUUCAGGUACAUUACCAAAAGGACCCAACAUGGACAUGAACACAGGUCUAAGUGCACCAGAUUUGAGUCUCAAGGGUCCAAAGAUCAAGGGAGGAAUUGAUGCCCCUGACUUGGACUUACCAAAUAUGGACCUUAAAGCUCCCAAGUUUGAUGUUAACGCUCCAGAUGUGAACAUUGGUUCACCCAAUGCAAAAUUCAAAAUGCCCAAAUUGAACUUCCCCGGCCUAAAAGGACCUAAAAUUGAUGGAAACUUUAAUGGCCCAGAUGUUGAUGUAAAUGUACCCAAUGUCAACCUUAAAGGCCCUGACGCUGAUCUGGGAAUGCCAGAUUUGGAUGUUUCUGGUCCAUCGGGUAAACUGAAGAAGCCAAAUUUUAAGAUGCCUGGUUUUGGGCUUUCUAGUCAAAAGUUUGAGGGUCCCAACUUGGGCCUCAAAACACCUGAUCUAGAUCUAUCUGGUCCCAAUUUCGGCGGGGGUUUCAAUGCUCCAGACAUGAACAUGCCUAAGGUUGAUCUUAAGAACCCCAAAAUGGACUUUAAUACCCCAAAUCUCACCUUAGACAUGCCAUCUGGUAAAAUGAAAAUGCCAGAGCUCAAUUCUCCAGACUGGGAUGUUAAAGCUCCCUCAGGCAAAAUGAAAAUGCCUAAAUUCAAUCUUUCAGGUACAUUACCAAAAGGACCCAACAUGGACAUAAACACAGGUCUGAGCGCACCAGAUUUGAGUCUCAAGGGUCCAAAGAUCAAGGGAGGAAUUGAUGCCCCUGACUUGGACUUACCAAAUAUGGACCUUAAAGCUCCCAAGUUUGAUGUUAACGCUCCAGAUGUGAACAUUGGUUCACCCAAUGCAAAAUUCAAAAUGCCCAAAUUCAAACUACCUAAAUUUGGUCUAUCAAGCCCGAAAGGUCCUAAGCUUGAUGGGAAUUUAGAUGUCCCAGAUGUUGAUUUAAAUGUACCCAAUGUCAACCUCAAAGGCCCUAGCGCUGAUCUAGGAAUGCCAGAUUUGGAUGUUUCUGGUCCAUCGGGUAAACUGAAGAAGCCAAAUUUUAAGAUGCCUGGUUUUGGGCUUUCUAGUCCAAAGUUUGAGGGUCCUAACUUGGGCCUCAAAACACCUGAUCUAGAUAUAUCUGGUCCCAAUUUCGGUGGGGGUUUCAAUGCUCCAGACAUAAACAUGCCUAAGGUUGAUCUUAAGAACCCCAAAAUGGACUUUAAUACCCCAAAUCUCAACUUAAACAUGCCAUCUGGUAAAAUGAAAAUGCCAGAGCUCAAUUCUCCAGACUGGGAUGUUAAAGCUCCCUCAGGCAAAAUGAAAAUGCCUAAAUUCAAUCUUUCAGGUACAUUACCAAAAGGACCCAACAUGGACAUAAACACAGGUCUGAGUGCACCAGAUUUGAGUCUCAAGGGUCCAAAGAUCAAGGGAGGAAUUGAUGCCCCUGACUUGGACUUACCAAAUAUGGACCUUAAAGCUCCCAAGUUUGAUGUUAACGCUCCAGAUGUGAACAUUGGUUCACCCAAUGCAAAAUUCAAAAUGCCCAAAUUGAACUUCCCCGGCCUAAAAGGACCUAAAAUUGAUGGAAACUUUGAUGGCCCAGAUGUUGAUGUAAAUGUACCCAAUGUCAACCUCAAAGGCCCUAACGCUGAUCUGGGAAUGCCAGAUUUGGAUGUUUCUGGUCCAUCGGGUAAACUGAAGAAGCCAAAUUUUAAGAUGCCUGGUUUUGGGCUUUCUAGUCCAAAGUUUGAGGGUCCUAACAUGGGCCUCAAAACACCUGAUCUAGAUCUAUCUGGUCCCAAUUUCGGCGGGGGUUUCAAUGCUCCAGACAUAAACAUGCCUAAGGUUGAUCUUAAGAACCCCAAAAUGGACUUUAAUACCCCAAAUCUCAACUUAGACAUGCCAUCUGGUAAAAUGAAAAUGCCAGAGCUCCAUUCUCCAGACUGGGAUGUUAAAGCUCCCUCAGGCAAAAUGAAAAUGCCUAAAUUCAAUCUUUCAGGUACAUUACCAAAAGGACCCAACAUGGACAUAAACACAGGUCUGAGUGCACCAGAUUUGAGUCUGAAAGCUCCAAAGAUCAAGGGUGGAAUUGAUGCCCCUGACUUGGACUUACCAAAUAUGGACCUUAAAGCUCCCAAGUUUGAUGUUAACGCUCCAGAUGUGAACAUUGGUUCACCCAAUGCAAAAUUCAAAAUGCCCAAAUUGAACUUCCCCGGCCUAAAAGGACCUAAAAUUGAUGGAAACUUUGAUGGCCCAGAUGUUGAUGUAAAUGUACCCAAUGUCAACCUCAAAGGCCCUAACGCUGAUCUGGGAAUGCCAGAUUUGGAUGUUUCUGGUCCAUCGGGUAAACUGAAGAAGCCAAAUUUUAAGAUGCCUGGUUUUGGGCUUUCUAGUCCAAAGUUUGAGGGUCCUAACAUGGGCCUCAAAACACCUGAUCUAGAUCUAUCUGGUCCCAAUUUCGGCGGGGGUUUCAAUGCUCCAGACAUAAACAUGCCUAAGGUUGAUCUUAAGAACCCCAAAAUGGACUUUAAUACCCCAAAUCUCAACUUAGACAUGCCAUCUGGUAAAAUGAAAAUGCCAGAGCUCCAUUCUCCAGACUGGGAUGUUAAAGCUCCCUCAGGCAAAAUGAAAAUGCCUAAAUUCAAUCUUUCAGGUACAUUACCAAAAGGACCCAACAUGGACAUAAACACAGGUCUGAGUGCACCAGAUUUGAGUCUGAAAGCUCCAAAGAUCAAGGGUGGAAUUGAUGCCCCUGACUUGGACUUACCAAAUAUGGACCUUAAAGCUCCCAAGUUUGAUGUUAACGCUCCAGAUGUGAACAUUGGUUCACCCAAUGCAAAAUUCAAAAUGCCCAAAUUCAAACUACCUAAAUUUGGUCUAUCAAGCCCGAAAGGUCCUAAGAUUGAUGGGAAUUUAGAUGUACCAGAUGUUGAUUUAAAUGUACCCAAUGUCAACCUCAAAGGCCCUAACGCUGAUCUUGGAAUGCCAGAUUUGGAUGUUUCUGGUCCAUCGGGUAAACUGAAGAAGCCAAAUUUUAAGAUGCCUGGUUUUGGGCUUUCUAGUCCAAAGUUUGAGGGUCCUAACUUGGGCCUCAAAACACCUGAUCUUGAUCUAUCUGGUCCCAAUUUUGGCGGGGGUUUCAAUGCUCCAGACAUAAACAUGCCUACGGUUGAUCUUAAGAACCCCAAAAUGGACUUUAAUACCCCAAAUCUUAACUUAGACAUGCCAUCUGGUAAAAUGAAAAUGCCAGAGCUCCAUUCUCCAGACUGGGAUGUUAAAGCUCCCUCAGGCAAAAUGAAAAUGCCUAAAUUCAAUCUUUCAGGUACAUUACCAAAAGGACCCAACAUGGACAUAAACACAGGUCUGAGUGCACCAGAUAUGAGUCUCAAGGGUUCAAAGAUCAAGGGUGGAAUUGAUGCCCCUGACUUGGACUUACCAAAUAUGGACCUUAAAGCUCCCAAGUUUGAUGUUAACGCUCCAGAUGUGAACAUUGGUUCACCCAAUGCAAAAUUUAAGAAGCCCAAAUUCAAAAUGCCCAAAUUGAACUUCCCUGGCCUAAAAAGACCUAAAUUUGAUGGGAACUUAGAUGUCCCAGAUGUUGAUUUAAAUAUACCCAAUGUCAACCUCAAAGGCCCUAACGCUGAUCUGGGAAUGCCAGAUUUGGAUGUUUCUGGUCCAUCGGGUAAACUGAAGAAGCCAAAUUUCAAGAUGCCUGGUUUUGGGCUUUCUAGUCCAAAGUUUGAGGGUCCUAACUUGGGCCUCAAAACACCUGAUCUAGAUCUAUCUGGUCCCAAUUUCGGCGGUGGUUUCAAUGCUCCAGACAUAAACAUGCCUAAGGUUGAUCUUAAGAACCCCAAAAUGGACUUUAAUACCCCAAAUCUCAACUUAGACAUGCCAUCUGGUAAAAUGAAAAUGCCAGAGCUCCAUUCUCCAGACUGGGAUGUUAAAGCUCCCUCAGGCAAAAUUAAACUGCCUAAAUUCAAUCUUACAGGUACAUUACCAAAAGGACCCAACAUGGACAUAAACACAGGUCUGAGUGCACCAGAUUUGAGUCUGACGGCUCCAAAGAUCAAGGGUGGAAUUGAUGCCCCUGACUUGGACUUACCAAAUAUGGACCUUAAAGCUCCCAAGUUUGAUGUUAACGCUCCAGAUGUGAACAUUGGCUCACCCAAUGCAAAAUUAAAAAUGCCCAAAUUGAACUUCCCCGGCUUUAAAGGACCUAAAAUUGAUGGAAACUUUGAUGGCCCAGAUGUUGAUGUAAAUGUACCCAAUGUCAACCUCAAAGGCCCUAACGCUGAUCUGGGAAUGCCAGAUUUGGAUGUUUCUGGUCCAUCGGGUAAACUGAAGAAGCCAAAUUUUAAGAUGCCUGGUUUUGGGCUUUCUAGUCCAAAGUUUGAGGGUCCUAACCUGGGCCUCAAAACACCUGAUCUAGAUAUAUCUGGUCCCAAUCUCGGCGGGGGUUUCAAUGCUCCAGACAUAAACAUGCCUAAAGUUGAUCUUAAAAGCCCCAAAAUGGACUUUAAUACCCCAAAUCUCAACUUAGACAUGCCAUCUGGUAAAAUGAAAAUGCCAGAGCUCCAUUCUCCAGACUGGGAUGUUAAAGCUCCCUCAGGCAAAAUUAAACUGCCUAAAUUCAAUCUUUCAGGACCAAAUAUAGACAUGAACACUGACCUCAAAGCUCCAAAGUUAAAGGGGGGAAUUGUCGCCCCUGACUUAGACUUGCCUAAAUUUGGCCUCAAAGCUCCCAAAAUGCCACAACUGAAAAUGCCGGAAGCGAAUCUACCAAGUUUAAAAGGACCUGAGAUUGAUGGAAACCUUGAUGGCCCAGACAUCGAUAUCAAUGCACCUAACAUCAACCUUAAGGGACCCAAAAGUGACUUUGAAAUGCCAAAUGUUGGUUUUAACAGCCCAUCUGCAAAAUUAAAAAAAAAACAUUUGAAAAUUCCUGAUGUGGGUUUUUCUAGUCCAAAGUUAGAUGGUCCAAACUUUGACUUAAAGUCACCAGAUCUUAAUAACAAAUUACCACAUUUGAACAUGAAGUCAGACCUUAAAACUCCAAAAUUGAAAGGUGGAAUCAGUUCCCCCAAAUUGGGAUUGCCAAAAAUGAACCUUAAAACUCCCAAAUUAGAUAUGGACACUCCAGAUUUCAACUUCCCUGAUGUAAGCUUCCAAAAGCCCAUGAUAAAUAUGCCAAAGGGCCCCAAUGUUGACAUAAAUGGGGCCUUAAAGGGGCCUGACUUAAAUAUGCCAAAUGUAGAUUUCAAUAGUCCAAAAGGAACAUUUAAUAUUCCAAGUGUAAAUACACCAGACCUCAAUCUCUCUGGACCUAAGGCAAAACUACCGGAUAUGAAUCUUUCAGGACCUAAGCUGAAAGGCCAUGGUCCAAAAAUGCCAGACCUGCCGAAAGACCGCUUCAGCGCUCAGCUAGACCUUAAUGCUAAGCAUCCUGAUCAAGGGAUAGAAGGUAACUUAGGUCGACCUGACCUUAACUUUACUGCCCCUAAUGUCCAUGGAGGAAUAAGAGGUCCAGAUCUUCCUUCAGGAAACCUCCAGGGUCCUCAAACUGAUUAUCAUUUGGAAGACAGCCAAUCCACUUUUCAUAACUUCUUUACACCUUUUGAAGGUCCAGAUUUUAACCAAGAAGGAACUGAUAUGGACUUUGGUGCAUCUCGCAGACCAAAAAAUCUGGGUUUGUCUUCAAAUGCAAAACUCAACAUGAAACCAAAAGAGUUGAUUGGGGAUUUCACAGGUCCAAAUGUAAGUGCUCCAAAUAUGACAAAAGUGACAAUGAGGGAUACACAACUACAUCUCAGAUCUCCAGAUCUUAACAUAGACAAUCCCUCACCUAAUUUUAGAGAGCCCUCUUAUAGGAAUCGCAGAUCUGAUAUCCCAGGGGGGAACAUGAGAAUGCCCGACCUGGACGUAGAUGGAGAUGUCGGACUUCGUCACAUGGACAUACGUCCAACUAGGCACAACGUAAGGUCCAGCUAUCCUCAAGCGGAUGCUGGUUUCGGCCACCAAAUAGAUUUCCACCGUUCAGAUCUCAACAUUGAUGAUUUCACAGGAAAGGAUCAUGUGCUUAGAUCGAGAGGUUCAAAACUUGACUUCCAGGCGCCACAUAGGCUUGGAGAAGUCAUGUUUCCGUCACAUGGUAACGUGCACUCAAGGGACCCCGGACAAACCAAUAGAAUGCCUUCUGGAGGCAACAACAUGUAUUCAAUGGACCACAGAUCGAUGCAGCGGGUACCCAACGCACAUUUGUCACUAGAUUCAAGAAUCAGAGUCCCAAACGAGUCAGAUCAAUACCACGUCACUGCUUUCCCCAACGUACAACACAAUCAAAGAAGGCCAAACAUCAAAUACAACACACUUGGGGGGCUUGACUUUCGUCCACAAAACAUGGACCUUGAAGUCCCAGCAGGAAAUUACCAAAAAGGGGUUUUUUUGUCCAAUCUCAUGUAGGUUUGAAACCAAACAUGUUUCCAUAAGCAGAACCAGAUGUUUCUUUUAGUGUGGUUUUUAUAUUUUGUUGUUUUGUUGUGAUUUAAGCUCUUGUACUUUUAUUAGAUGUCGUGGAAUUUGGAAAUGUGUUUCUCGUUUAUGCCUUUUAAAGGUUUUUUGUUUGUUUUGUUUGUUUGUUUUGUUUGUUAGUAUAGAAAAUCAAUUUGAUGCUUCAUAAUAAUGAAGCCUUCAUUACGAAGCCUUCUUGCACUUGUUUUGUAUGUAUUACGGUUUUUGUACUUUUUGGCAAUUGACAACAAGGUAUUAUUUCUAUCUACAUUGGAGUUAAGAGGGUUUAGGGGGACUAAUACAAGAUCGAAAGAUAUAAGUAUUUAAAGAUGUAUAUUUACCUACAAAUUUGUGGAUAACCUUUGUAUCAUACUAUGUCUAUACUUUUUAAACUAAAUGUAUUUCAUAUUCAUUAGAGUAUACAGUUUAGUUAUUAUUUUUAUAACCAUUUGUGGUU